AGGGCUACAUCGCGUAUCUCUCUUUCCCCCCUUUUAAACCCUCCUCUCAACGCAUAACUCCUCUCCCUCGUGUACUCUGGAGUUGAAGCCGAACCGAGUGCCUCCUUCAUCGUUACAGAUAGAUCAGAUACGAUCUUCGCUUCACCUCUCAAGAUCUGUUAAGAUGUACACUUCAAGGAAGAAGAUACACAAAGAUAAGGAUGCGGAACCCACUGAAUUUGAGGAGACAGUUGCACAGGCAUUAUUUGAUUUGGAAAACACAAACCAGGAGCUUAAGAGUGAUUUGAAAGACCUUUACAUCAAUGCGUCAGUUCAAAUUGAUGUGUCUGGAAACCGCAAAGCUGUUGUUAUCCAUGUUCCUUAUAGAUUGAGGAAAGCUUUUCGUAAGAUUCAUCUUAGGCUAGUUAGAGAACUUGAGAAAAAGUUCAGUGGGAAGGAUGUCGUUCUUAUUGCAACCCGAAGAAUAAUGCGGCCACCAAAGAAAGGUUCUGCUGCUCAGAGACCCCGCUCCCGCACUCUUACAUCUGUGCAUGAUGCCAUGCUCGAGGAUGUUGUUUAUCCUGCUGAGAUUGUUGGAAAGCGUGUUAGAUAUAGAAUUGAUGGGUCAAAGAUUAUCAAGAUAUUCUUGGAUCCCAAGGCACGCAACGACACCGAGUACAAGCUGGAGACAUUUGCUGGAGUUUACCGGAAGCUUUCUGGAAAAGAUGUUGUCUUUGAAUAUCCCAUGACCGAGGCUUAAGAGAUCUGCUGUUAAACUAGCUUUCCUGUUCUGGUGUAAGACCUAUAUUAUUGCAUUUAGUUCAAAGUAUUUGAAAUUUUGACUCAAGAGAAUGGAUUGAUAAUCUUUUGGUUAGGAAGCUGGAAACUUGGUUUAAAUGUUUCUUUUAUUUUAUGUGUUCAUUUAAAUUUCUGAAAAAUUAUGUGAUUUUGGAACUCCUAUGCUUCUAUGAGAAGUAAAGUUUGUUCUCUCCCCAA